AUGGUUAACCAUUGUGGUGAUCCUAAUAAGUGUGAGAAUGGAGGAACAUGUGUCAACUUGGCACCAGGAUUUAGAUGUGACUGCCCUCCAGGUUACUCUGGUGCUAACUGCAGCAUCAAUGUUAAUGACUGUUCCAACAACUGUCCUAGUACCAGCACCUGCAUUGAUAUGGUCAACGCCCACUACUGCAGGUGUCCUCUUGGGAAGACAGGGGAGUCGUGUGUAAGAGAUUUGGAUACAAAUUAUGAUCUGUACUUUUACCUGACUAGUCAGGACAGCUAUGCAGCCCUACCCUACCCCAUCUACCUGAGUGGGAGCUCCUUCUCCCUCAGUGUCUGGGUCCGCUUCUACCAGUCCUCUCUCACAGGAACCUUCCUGACCAUUUUCAUUGCAAAGUCUGCCAACAGCCUGGCCGGUGUGACAAAGUUCCUGUCCCUGGACCACCAAGGUUUGGUCGUCUACAACCAGAAUGGUCAGAAUCCACAGAGGGCCGCCUACCAACAGCAGACGGUCACUGACGGACAAUGGAACUUUGUGGUGGUGUCCUGGAACAAGGACAAUGGGUUUGACUUGGUGGUCAACAGUCUGAGACAGAGUCAGAUUCCCACCACCCCCUACACAUCAAUGAUGGCCCAAAAUAUAUGGGUCACUCUUGGUGCAGACUUUGACAGCACAAUCAUGCCAAAAGUAAAUGGUGGUUUCCGAGGUUAUGUUAGCCAGCUAAAUAUUUACAACCGAGGGCUAAGCUUCGAAAAUGAGAUGCCCCAGCUAAUCCCUGAUCCACGAAAGGUAUUCAGUGGGUCCAUUUUACGCUGGAAUGAGUUUGUCUACCACCGCGGUGUGAAGCCGGUGUAUCCAUCAAGUGCCCAGAAACCCUGCACUGGAGCUAACUGUCUCGCCCAUAACAAGAAGUUCCCAGUUUUUAAGACACCAUGCCCCUCUAACGUGUACAAGGUGUCAGCUGACAGACUGACCUCUGUGACCUGGACUGAACCCAUCCCACAAGGUGCCACCAUACAGGAGAGUAGCUACAAAUCAGGAGAGCAGUGUCCAGAUCCUGACCCUCCACAUCUAGGUACAAGGGCCUGUGAGAGGAGCUACAACCCUUACUUUGGAUGCACCAUUGGGUGCACUGAUGCCAAUCGUAGGAUCGAUCGGUACACACCUAAUGUUUACACCUGUGGACCCUCAGGAGCUUGGAACCCAUCCAACAGAAAUAUUCCACUUCGUUUCCCAUCUUGUGGAUUGGUUCAGAGCCAAGCUAGAAGGCGAGUAAUGAUGAAGCUGGCAUAUCCCAACAUUUCUGCUAUCUUCUGUGACGCCCUGGCUUUGAAUCUAAGAGAAGCCUUUACCUCAGUGAACACUAGAUGGUCCAGUCAGAUUUGUAAUCAGCCUGACUGUAGUGACAUGACUGUUGCUGUUAACUGUCGGGCAAAUGAACGAAGGAAACGCCAAACAUCAUUAAGACCAACAUCAGUAACAAUGAUCAUUUCUACAUCCAUGUAA